AUGGACUUCAGUCGCAUAGCGCGUCAGUCUGUAGCGCCGGUAGCCAUCCUCGUGGUAGCAGUGGCCUGGCGUGCGAUCGCGCAUUCCGCGGUAGUCAUCGUGAUCGCAGCCCUUUUCGGAGCUCUUUUCGCGUUUUUCUCUACGAGGAAGAGCGAUGAGUCGUCGACCGUCUCCACCGCAGCAACGCCUGAGAAACGCAUUGCUGCGGAGCCGUCCGUUGCCACAAUUAAGCAGGAGAAACCUGCCGCCGCCGCCGCCGCCGCUGUUGCUGCUCCUCCCGUUGUGCCUUCCGCUCCCAAGACUGCUGCUGCAGGAGGAGUCAUCCCGCUGGCCGCCGGGCGUCGUCCCCCUCCCAAGGCGGAAGACAAGCUGGGGAUCACGCAGUUCAUCUGGCCGUAUGGAGGGUCCAAGGUGGAGGUGGUGGGGGAUUUCUCCGCCGGCGUGCCGGUUGCGAUGAAGCCGUCCUCUGCCAACCCGGGCCAGUUCUACAUCGAUUACACGUGCCCGCAGGGACCGAUCGAAUACAGCUUCAUUGUGGACGGCGAGUCUCGUGUCGAUCCCGAGUCGCCCACUAACGAGGACGGCAGCAAGAACGUGGCGAUGGUGCGGCGCGAUCUGUUCGAGUCGCUGGAGGCGAUGAUGCGGCAGCGCAUCCUGCUGCUGGACGGCGCCAUGGGUACCAUGAUCCAGCGCCACAAGCUCCGUGAGGAGGAUUUCCGCGGUGACCGUUGGAUUAAUCACUCUAACGAUCUCAAGGGCAACAACGAUAUCCUCGUUAUAACGCGCCCCGAUGUUAUCGAAGGGAUUCAUACGGAGUAUUUGGACGCGGGGUCGGAUAUUAUCGAGACGAAUACGUUCAAUGGGACGUGUAUCUCCCAGGCGGAUUAUGAGUUGCAGGCGGAGGAGGAGGUGGUGCUGAUUAACAUCGAGGCGGUGAAGGUCGCGCUGCGCGCCACGGCGAAAUCGAUGCAGAAGGACCCGACGCGCCCGCGAUUCGUGGCGGGCGCGAUCGGCCCGACGAACAAGACGCUGUCCGUGUCGCCUAGCGUGGAGAACCCCGCGUUUCGCGCAUGCACGUUCGACGAGAUCGUGGACGCGUACAAGAUGCAGGUGCACGCGUUGCUCAAGGGCGGCGCGGAUAUCCUCCUCGUGGAGACGAUCUUCGACACGCUGAACGCCAAGGCGGCGUUGUACGCGGUGGAUUUGGUGUUUGAGGAGGUUGGGUACGAUGUGCCGGUGAUGAUCAGCGGUACGAUUGUGGACAACAGCGGGCGGACUCUGAGCGGGCAGACGGGCGAGGCGUUCUUGGUCAGCGUGUCGCACGCGCGGGCGAUGGCGAUUGGACUGAACUGCGCGCUGGGAGCGAGGGACAUGCGUCCAUACGUGGACACCAUCAACAAGCUCACGGACUCGUUCGUCAUCUGCUACCCGAACGCGGGCCUGCCCAACACGUUCGGCGGGUACGACGAGACGCCCGCGCAGUUCGCGGAGAACGUGCGCGACUUCGCGACGGGUGGGCUGGUGAACGUGCUGGGCGGCUGCUGCGGCACCACCCCCGACCACAUCAACGCUGUCUCUAAGAUCGUGGAGGGCGUGCGUCCCCGUCCCCGUCCGUCAGUGCGCAACCUGAUGCGAGUGAGCGGGCUGGAGCCCUUCAACUACACGCCGGAGACCAUCCCCUUUAUAAACAUCGGCGAGCGGUGCAACGUGGCGGGGUCGAGCAUAUUCAAGAAGGCGGUGAUGGCGGGCAACUGGGACAAGGCGCUCAGCAUUGCUAUUGCUCAGGUGGAGGCGGGCGCGCAGAUCAUCGACAUCAACUUUGAUGAGGGGCUGCUGGACUCGGUGGCUGCUAUGACUCGCUUCGUCAACCUGCUCGUCUCUGAGCCUGACGUGGCCAAGGUCCCCUUCAUGAUCGACUCGAGCAAGUUCCACGUGGUGGAGGCGGGGCUCAAGUGCUCGCAGGGCAAGUGCAUCGUCAACUCCAUCUCCCUCAAGGAGGGCGAGCAGGCCUUCCGCGCCCACGCACACACCAUCAAGCGUCACGGGGCGGCGGUUGUCGUCAUGGCCUUCGAUGAGGAGGGGCAGGCCGCCACAGAAGAGGACAAAGUGCGGAUCUGCAAGAGGGCGUAUGAUAUUCUGGUGGAUGAGGUUGGGUUUAAUCCCGAGGAUAUUAUCUUCGACCCGAAUAUUCUGACGAUCGCGACGGGAUUGGAGGAGCACGCCAACUACGCGGUCGAUUUUUUUAGGGCGACUACCCGGAUUAAGGAGCUUUGCCCGGGAGCGAAGAUUUCAGGCGGCGUGUCGAACAUCUCGUUCUCGUUCCGCGGGAACGAGCCCGUGCGCCGCGCGUUCCACUCUGUCUUCCUGUACCACGCGAUCAAAGCCGGGAUGGAUAUGGGGAUUGUGAACGCGGGGCAGAUCGAUAUCUACGAUGAUAUUCCCAAGGAGCUGCUAGAUCAUGUGGAAGACUGCGUGCUGAAUCGACGGCCAGAUGCGACCGAGAGGAUGCUGGAGUUGGCGGCGAGACUGGACCCGAAGGCGGGCGGUGGCGGGGAUAAGGCCGAGAAGGACGCGUGGAGGGAGCUGUCGGUGGAGAAGCGGUUAGCGCACUCGCUUGUAAAGGGGAUAGACCAGUACGUGGUGGCGGAUGUGGAGGAGGCGCGGACGUGUGGGCUGUAUGUGCGGCCGCUGCAUAUUAUCGAAGGGCCGCUCAUGGAUGGCAUGAAUGUGGUGGGAGACCUGUUCGGCGCCGGCAAGAUGUUCCUCCCGCAGGUGAUCAAGAGUGCAAGUGUGAUGAAGCGGGCCGUGAUCAAGAGCGCGCGUGUGAUGAAGCAUGCCGUGGCCCAUCUCAUUCCCUUCAUGGAGAAGGAGAAAGAAGAGGGCCGCCUCGCCAACCGGUGUGAUCAAGAGUGCGCGCGUGAUGAAGCGGGCCGUGGCGCAUCUCAUCCCCUUCAUGGAAAAGGAGGAGGAGGAAGCCCGCCUUCGCCAACCCUGAUACCAACCCCCUCUGACUCAACCCCUUCCCCUUCUCUCCUCCCACAGGUGAUCAAGAGCGCGCGUGUGAUGAAGCAUGCCGUGGCCCAUCUCAUUCCCUUCAUGGAGAAGGAGAAAGAAGAGGGCCGCCUCGCCAACCGGAGGAGGAGGAGGCCCACCUCGCCAACCCUGAUAUCAACCCUCUCUGACUCAACCCCUUCCCCUUCUCUCCUCCCACAGGUGAUCAAGAGUGCGCGUGUGAUGAAGCGGGCCGUGGCGCAUCUCAUCCCCUUCAUGGAAAAGGAGAAGGAGGAGGCGCGCCUCGCCAACCCCGAGGUGGAGCAAGCCGCCAACGCCGGCACCGUCGUCAUCGCGACCGUCAAGGGAGACGUGCACGACAUCGGGAAGAACAUCGUUGCGGUGGUGCUCGGGUGCAACAACUACAAGGUGGUUGAUCUCGGUGUGAUGGUGCCGUGCGCGAAGAUUCUGGACGCGUGCCGGGAGCAUAAGGCCGACGUGGUGGGUUUGUCGGGGUUAAUUACCCCGUCGCUGGACGAGAUGGUGACGGUCGCGAAGGAGCUGGAGAGGGAAGGGUUCAAGAUCCCGCUGCUGAUUGGUGGAGCCACGACCAGUCGCAUGCACACAGCUGUCAAGAUUGAGCCGGUGUACAGUGGGCCUACUGUCCAUGUUUUGGACGCUUCCCGCAGCGUCCCGGUGGUUUCCAGCUUGCUUGAUCCGACGGCCACGGCUGACUUUGUGACGGACGUUCGGGAGACGUACGCGGAGCUUCGGGAGGAGCACUAUGCUGGGCUGCAGGAUCGGAAGUACGUGCCUAUUAACAAGGCUCGGGACAUGAAGUUCCAGAUAGACUGGAAGCUUCCGGAGAACCUUCCUGUGGUCCCGAACCUGCUGGGGAAGAAGGUCUAUAAGGAUUAUCCAAUCAAUGAGGAGCUGUUGGCAGCCAUUGAUUGGAAUCCGUUCUUCCAGGUGUGGCAACUGAGGGGCAGGUACCCCAACCGUGGUUACCCGAAGAUUUUCAACGACGAGACGGUCGGGCAGGAGGCGAAGAAACUUUUCGACGAUGCGCAGGCGAUGCUGCGGGACAUUGUGGAGAACAAGAAGCUGACCGUGCGGGGCGUUGUCGGGAUUUACCCUGCAAAUUCGGUGGGCGACGACAUUGUGCUUUAUAAUGAUGAGUCGAGGAGCACGGUCGUUGAGACAAUGCAUACGCUGCGACAGCAAGCAGAGAAGGAGGAGAACGACGAUCCUUACCUCGCCCUUUCUGACUUCAUUGCCCCCGCAACCACGGGCAUCAAGGAUUACCUCGGAAUGUUUGUGGUGUCUUCCGGUUUUGGACUCGAGGAAAUGGUGAAGAAAUUCAAGGAGGAUAACGAUGACUUCAGCUAUAUCAUGGCCGAGGCUAUCGCCGAUCGUCUCGCCGAAGCUGCGGCGGAGGUUCUCCACCGGGACGUUCGGAAGGAGGUGUGGGGGUACGCCAAGGAGGAGAACCUGAGUGUAGACGAGCUGCUGAAGGUGAAAUACCAGGGUAUUCGACCUGCCCCGGGUUACCCCAGCCAGCCGGAUCACACUGAAAAGCCGGUUAUGUGGAGGCUUAUGGAUGUUGAGGAGGAGACGGGGAUUCAGCUCACUGAAUCCAUGGCUAUGCUGCCCGCUGCUUCGGUUUCUGGCCUGAUUUUUGCGGCGCCGAAGAGUCACUACUUUGCAGUUGGAAAGAUUUUGUCGGAUCAGGUUGGGGAUUAUGCGCAGAGGAAGGGCAUGCCGGUUGCCGAGGCUGAGAAGUGGCUUGGUCCGAUGCUGAAUUACGAGCCGUAG